AUGACAAAACGUCCAAUGCAAGACGGUGUCGAACAACGUCGCGUCAAGCCCAAUCUCAUCGAUAAGAGACCAUUCAGAGUUAUUAAUCUUGAUGAUAAAGAAGUUGUACACCAGAGCUGCAUCCUAGUCGAUGGCGAGGGCUCUAAUAUUGAAUACUCCGAAGGAACUAGUCAUGUUUCCGUUUCUUGUACAGACAUGCUCAACAACAUCCAGUCGGUACAACACUGGCCGCUGGAGAAAGGCUACUGGAAGGCCCUCGUUAUGCUCUCUCCAGGAUUCAACAUGCUUACUUUCCAGCUGCAUCAUACCGAUGGUACCUCGGACUCACUGGAGGUCACAGUGAAUUAUAUCCCUCUGCUACAACUGCCACCUCUCCACCUCGCAAUACUUGUUGCAAAGGAUUCACCCCUGCUGAUCGACUGCCCGCCUGCCAAAUAUGGCGCAAUCUCAACAGCGCAUAGCAGCCUCGGCGCAGCGAUCCAAAAGCUCCGUUUGUCAGCAUACAUGUGGCAAGCUCUCACGGCAGAAGACUUCCGUCAAAAGGGACUGGGCAGACGCUCAUUCCGCCUGGAGGAAGAGUGGGCUUUCAACUCGACUAUGCUAGCAGCCCACCAGACGGUUCCGGGCUUAAUGGGUUCAGUUCCAAAGGUUCAUAUCAUCCGAUCGGAUAAGACGGUCGCAGAGCUCAGAGACCUUGAGAUUGCUCAGCAGAACCCCCGUGCCCAGGACCAAGAUGCCUUGCACAGAUACUUCGAGACGGCACUCAUCCAAUCAGGAGCGCCAUUUGACUCAGCUUCCAACCCAGUUGUUGCCGGGUUGAUUCUGGAUGCGCACUACUCUAUCGAAAAGUCCAUGAUUCUGGGACAUGCAGCCUUGGGUUGCCACAAGCCCGAUGGGUUGUCCUUGGGUAUCUUUGGUAGCCACCUUACUUACUCCUGGCCACGCUUUAUGGAAGAAAUCCCUGCUUGUCUGACUGACAUGACACCUCCGGGUGUCACUGUUGGCAAUGACAACGGUGAAUGCGAUACUAUGCGCGGCGCGUGCUUUGUCGGGCAAGGCGCGUUCCUACACGAGGUCGGCCACGCAUUCGGUGCUGCGCAUACCACUGGGAUCAUGGCGCGUGGGUACAGCAAGACAUGGGACCUGAACUUCCUCGCGCAAGAGGCCAGCGACAAGAGAGAAAACGAGGCCAAAUGGGAUCUACAAGAUGUCCUCAGGUUCAAAUUAUUGCCUCAUUUUGCUCUCCCUGGAGAUAAGCCUGUACCAAAAGAACACAAGAAUGCCACCGUGAAGAUAGAAUUUGAUUACAAACAAGAUGAUGGAGUGGGUGUCGAUCAAGAUGAAGAUGUGUCUGAGUUUGCUGAUCCAAUGAUCAAAAUUUCCUGUGGAGCAGGUCUCGCAUAUGUGAAGGUUGAAAACGGCCAGAACAGUGAAACUGGCGAGAACAAUGUCCUCACUUACAAUUUCCUGAACGAAUCUCAGGGCGAACCUUCGAGUUUUCACAUCCAAAACCUUCGGAACAACUUCGACAUGACUGCUCCUCUCAAGAUUACUGCCUUGGGCUUGAAUGGAAAAGAGCGUGUUGUCAAGAAUAUGUGGCCGCAGCUUAACGAUCAACCAUACAUUAUCGUUCCUGGCACCAAAGUUGUGAUUCGCAAAAAAGCCAUAAAAACAUCAUCAGAACAAGAAAACGACGAGGAUUAUGUGAAAUGGGCUAUGCUCCUGAAGCACAAGGGCCAAGAUGGCAAAGUGUACCCUGCGACAUCCAUUGAUCUCUGCGUGGGAUGUAUCAUGGACGGAGCUAUUGUCCACUAUGCUGACGGAAAGUUUGCAAACUGUGGUCCGAUACAUGAUAUAAAUGACCCAAGCUGCCCGCACACUUUCGGUGGUCAUGCGACAGAAGAGCAUGAUAUCCCCGAAGGCGAGACCAUCACCAAAGUUACGAUUAACAAUGGGCGGGUGGGAUGGGGGAGUCUUUCAGGCAUUAGAAUGACACUGAGUAAUGGAGAGGAGUGGGGCGAGUUGAACGAAGUGGGAAAUAACGAUGUCGAGGAAGAUAACGGUCUAACUGUCCUAGAGCCGAGCGAGGGUGAAGUUAUUGUUGGCUUUUUCGGACAGAGCCUAAAAGGAUGUGGCUAUACCGCUGAGUUCGGGAUUUUGACGGCACCGAAGGGAGUGCAAUUACCGGACACUGUCUAUGAUUUUAUCAAGAAUGAGGAUGAUGGAGUAUCUCAUCGCAGACUCUGA